GGGGCGGGGGCCUGGCGGGGGCAUCCGGCGGAGCUGGUGUCCCCGAGCUUGGUGCGGAGGGAGGGAGGGAGGGAGGGAGACUGCGCUCGAUCGGGCAGGCAGAGGGGACCGGACCGCGGGCGGGAGGGCGGGCGGACUCGCCCUCUCGGUGACUGCGCCGCCCGGGCCCAUCCUGCCUGGCCGCAGGUGCCCCUGGAUGAGGCCGCCCCGCGCGCCCCGACCGCUGAAGCGGAGUGACUUUCCAGAGAGGGGGUUGCAUUUUAAAGAAGGAUGCUAAGAAACAAUUUAAGCACACAUCUUGUCAUGGCUCAAGUUGGAAGGCUGGGCGAUUGGAGUCUCGGGGUCUGGAAGUUAAGAAGGGCAACUCUUGACCUUUUCUUGCUGCCUGCAGACAUUACUGGGAACUCUACUGCACUUGGUGCUCUAGAGGUCUUAUAAUCAAUGGAUAAAGUGGGGAAAAUGUGGAAUAACUUCAAAUACAGGUGUCAGAAUCUCUUCAGUCAUGAGGGAGGAAGCCGUAGUGAAAAUGUGGACAUGAACUCCAACAGAUAUUUGGCUGUCAGAGAGAAAAGCAUCAGUAUAGGAGACUCAGCUCCUCAGCAACAAAGCAGUCCCUUAAGAGAAAAUGUUGCCUUACAACUGGGAUUAAGCCCUUCAAAGAAUUCUUCGAGGAGAAACCCAAACUGUGCCACUGAAAUUCCUCAGAUUGUUGAAAUAAGCAUUGAAAAGGACAACGAUCCAUGUGUCACCACAGGAUCAAGACUUGCAAGAAGAGAUUCCUACUCUCGACAUGCUCCGUGGGGUGGGAAGAAGAAACAUUCCUGUUCUACAAAGACUCAGAGUUCACUGGAUACUGAUAAAAAGUUUGGUAGAACUCGUAGUGGACUUCAGAGGAGAGAGAGGCGAUACGGCGUAAGCUCCGUACAUGACAUGGACAGUGUUUCCAGCAGAACUGUAGGUAGUCGCUCUCUGAGACAGAGGUUACAGGAUACCGUGGGCUUGUGCUUUCCCAUGAGAACUUAUAGCAAGCAGUCAAAGCCUCUCUUUUCUAAUAAAAGAAAAAUACACCUUUCUGAAUUAAUGCUUGAGAAAUGUCCUUUUCCUGCUGGCUCAGAUUUAGCCCAAAAAUGGCAUUUGAUUAAACAGCAUACAGCCCCAGUGAGCCCACAUUCAACGUUUUUUGAUACAUUUGAUCCAUCCUUGGUUUCUACAGAAGAUGAAGAAGAUAGACUUAGAGAGAGAAGACGGCUUAGUAUCGAAGAAGGUGUUGAUCCCCCUCCCAAUGCACAAAUACAUACAUUUGAAGCCACUGCACAGGUUAACCCCUUAUAUAAACUGGGACCAAAGUUAGCUCCUGGCAUGACUGAAAUAAGUGGGGACAGUUCUGCAAUGCCACAAGCUAACUGUGACUCCGAAGAGGACACCACCACACUGUGUUUGCAGUCACGCAGGCAGAAGCAACGCCAGGUAUCUGGAGAUAGCCAUGCCCACGUUAGCAGACAGGGAGCUUGGAAAGUCCAUACGCAGAUUGAUUAUAUCCACUGCCUUGUGCCUGAUCUGCUUCAGAUUACAGGCAGUCCCUGCUACUGGGGGGUGAUGGACCGCUAUGAAGCAGAAGCCCUUCUUGAAGGGAAGCCUGAAGGCACCUUUUUGCUCAGGGACUCUGCACAAGAGGACUACCUCUUCUCGGUGAGCUUCCGUCGCUACAACAGAUCCCUGCAUGCCCGAAUCGAACAGUGGAAUCACAACUUUAGUUUUGAUGCCCACGACCCAUGUGUAUUUCACUCCUCCACUGUAACGGGACUUUUGGAACACUAUAAAGAUCCCAGUUCUUGCAUGUUUUUUGAACCUUUGCUUACUAUCUCACUAAAUAGGACUUUCCCUUUUAGCUUGCAGUAUAUCUGCCGUGCAGUCAUCUGCAGAUGCACUACGUACGAUGGAAUUGAUGGGCUCCCUUUACCAUCAAUGUUGCAGGAUUUUCUAAAAGAGUAUCAUUAUAAACAAAAAGUUAGAGUUCGCUGGUUAGAGCGAGAACCAGUCAAGGCAAAGUAAAUUCUCCUGUCCUAGUCUGCUUUUAUGUGCAUCAGACAGUACACCUAUAGCAAGCACACAUAUCAGUGUUAGGUUUUUUCAGUAUAGUAUGUAAGCUUAGUGUUAGUAUCUGUCAGAGGUGUUAGUAUCCGUCCGAUGUGAUCUGCUGUUACUCAGAAAAACAUGGUGGCUAUUGAGACAACAGAAGAUAGAACUGAGGUGUUCAGUAAGGCUACAAAAAUAGUUUGCCAAUUUAGCUGUUUGGUUUUUAAUGGCUGAAGUUAUUGAAUGAGUCAAUUCUGAGGCAUUUGCUAUUAAGAAUUCUAUUUCUUACUAAAGAACAAAUUGUUAAUUUUGGAUGAGUUUUUCAACAGUGUGACUAAUGAUUGAAAUUAUUUUUUUCUAAGAAUUUUUCUAUUACCUUCUAAAAGUAGUGAUGUUUGUAGUUACUACAAAUCAAGCUUUGGAAGUCCAAAAAGUAAAGACUGCCUUUCUUUUAAAAAAAUAAAAAAAUAAAUGCAAUUUUUUGGCCACAAGGGCAUAGUGCAGUUCACUUAAUUGUUGAUAUAAUUUAUAGUUAGUUUUUUCUCUUCUGCAAAAGGUACUGUUAAGGAAACCAGUUUUUCUUAAAAUUUCAGACUUAUAAAGUUGAUAGGAGAAUUUUAUUUAUAAGCCUUAGGUGUUAAUUUUUUAAUGAGUACUUUAACUUAAAACAUAUUGGGAAUAGCUGCUGCAAUUUAGUCCUGUGUGUGAUGUUUAAAGUUGACAUAUGCAGUCUAAUUGUUGAUUUAUUAAUGUUGCAUCUUUUCCUAUGCCCAUGACAAGUUUGUGAACCAUGAAGAAAAUGAGACUAGACGAUGUCCAAACAAGUCAGAAAUAAUAACGACAGUGAUUGCUAAUGUUGAAGUUAUUGUUAAACUGUAAUAAUUUGGAUGGCAGUAUUUAUCUCUUUGUUGUAAAUGCUCAUUGAUGAAUUGCUUAAAGUACGAUUUAUAGAAUUUCAAUGGAAUUGAAAGAAUUUCAUUUUUAAUGGAAAAUCUGAAAUCUAAGUUGCAGAUUUAAAAGGUACUGUACAACCAUUGUAUCUGUAAAUAACUUAGCACCUUUUUGUCACUUAGAAUAGUAUGCAAUACUACUUGAGUGAGCUAUUUUGGAAGUAAUAGCAAGUUCUAGUGUUUGCUUCUUACUUUGAACUGAAUUUCCAAUUCUGUCCUAGACAUUUUGCACUAAAGUAGUGGAAUCCAUUCUUGUGUCUUUUUGUUUAUGUGCUCUGUACCACUGGUGAGUGCUCCUUAGUUCCCUUACCUGCUGCCACAGAAAGUUAUUUUACAUCCUGAUGGCUUAUUGCCAAGGCUACAAAAAAGAAAAGCUAUAUUUGUAUGCAACACUAACCCUUUUCCUGCUAAUGUAUGUUUCUCUGCUUGCUGUGCCUUGUUAUGGCUGCUUUUUUGUGCUAAUAAAGUAUGUUUGGUGUUCUUCUUGUAUAUCUACUGUUUUAUACAUUUGCAACAAUUUCUCUUGUAAAUGGAAUGAAUUGGGUUUUUAAAUAAGCUUUACCUGACAACCUACUAUAGUCAAUGCAGAAUUACUGUACAAUCUAAUAUUGAUUUAUUCUGACUAAACUAACUCUAAAUGCAAUGCUAUACAUCUUUCCAAUCAUCACAUAUACUGUGCAACACUAUAGUUACUGCAAAUUACUGUGCAGUUCAGAUUGUAACAGAAAAUGAACAGAGAAAUAUUGACUAAACCUGUUGAUUUCUCUGCUUUUAAGUG